AAACAACUACAUCUAUCUACUUAUUUGACGUCAUAGAAGACGAGUUUUAAAGAUGGUCAAAGAGCAGAGUUGCCUAACGUUUAAGUGAAGGCCAUUCCAAGGCGUUUUUCAAUCGGCCUCCUUUCGGGAACGGACAGCAACACCGCGCUGCCGUCUCGUUGAGGCGACAUCACAAAUCUUUUUUUUAAUCCUAUUCAGGAUUCCGCUCGCCGUCCGUCAGCAUGCAGAACAUGCUGAGCCUCCUCUACAAUGCGCUGUGUCGGCUCACCGGUAGGGCUGCGGGAGCCCAAACCGUGUCUGAGUUGCUGAUUGGCCUGUCAGAGUACGUCAGUCUAACCUUGCCGGCGGCGGCACCCGACUUGGCGCAGACGCAGCGGCUGACCCCCAAAGCUCCGCCGAUAGUCAGCGCUAAAGCUGGCGCGGCGCCCUUAGCUAGCACGUCGUUGGCCGCACCAGUUGCCCGCGUUACUGCUUCCCGCGCCUACUCUGACUUUACACCUCAGGUGACCUUGGACAUCAAGAAAUGCGAGCUGCACCUCUUGGAGGAGGGGCCUUCUGCGAAGGCGGAGCUAACGCGCGAGCAGGGCCUGCGGUAUUACCGCACCAUGCAGACGGUGAGGCGCAUGGAGCUCAAGGCUGAUCAGCUGUACAAGCAGAAGAUCAUCCGGGGGUUCUGCCACCUGUAUGACGGACAGGAAGCUUGUGCUGCCGGUGUGGAGGCUGCCAUCAACCCGACUGAUCACCUGAUCACGGCGUACCGCGCGCAUGCUUACACGUACACCCGCGGCGUAUCCGUCAAGCAAGUCCUGUGCGAGCUGACUGGUCGAAGAGGGGGCGUGUCCAAAGGGAAGGGAGGCUCCAUGCAUAUGUACGCGCCGCGCUUCUACGGAGGAAACGGCAUUGUGGGAGCACAGGUUCCACUCGGUGCAGGUAUCGCUCUGGCGUGUCAAUACCAAGGAAACAACCAGUUGUGUGUGACGCUUUACGGCGACGGCGCCGCCAAUCAGGGGCAGCUCUUUGAAACCUUCAACAUGGCCGCCCUCUGGAAGCUCCCGUGCAUUUUCAUCUGCGAGAACAACCAGUACGGCAUGGGGACGUCGGCGGAGAGGGCGUCAGCCAGCACCGACUACUACAAAAGAGGGGACUACAUCCCGGGGAUCCGAGUGGAUGGGAUGGACGUCUUGUGCGUGAGAGAGGCAGUCAAGUUUGCGGCGGACCUCUGUCGAGCCGGGAAGGGUCCGAUUGUGUUGGAGCUGCAGACCUAUCGUUACCACGGACACAGCAUGAGUGAUCCUGGCGUCAGCUACCGCUCUCGGGAGGAGAUCCAGGAAGUGCGCGGCAAAAAUGACCCCAUCGCCCUGUUGAAAGAGCAAAUGCUCAGCAACAACAUGGCGUCUGCGGAGGAACUGAAGGAAAUGGACGUGGCCAUUCGGAAGGAGGUGGAGGAGGCGGCGCAGUUUGCGACGGCUGAUCCCGAGCCCCCGUUGGAUGAUAUGUGCAACCACAUCUUUAAAAACGACCCCCCGCUGGAGGUACGUGGGACUAACCCCUGGUCAGUACUCAAGUCGGUAAGCUAGACCAGCAACCGGACCAGCACAUGGACUCUGACCAGGAUUCUUCGUCGUGUGGGACUUGGAUCCAUUUGCUUUUUUUAAAAAUAGAUGUAUUUAUUAUUAAUAUAUUGAUAUAUGAACUUUUAUUCUACUUGAGCUGCUGUUUCAUCUGAAAGGAGUUUAUCACUAUUGGCUUCAUUCGGACUCCAGCAAUACGUUUUUAUGAUCUGAUUGUGUUUGAUGUGACUGUUGUGAUGGACUGCUGAACAAUGUUGUAAAGCAACACAGUAUUUUAUUUUUUUUACUCCAGUUUCAAGCAAUAUGUUUUUAUCCAUGCACCAAAACUUGCCAAUGUUUACCAGCUUCCAAACAUACGAUUUCAAAAGGAGCACUUUAAUUUUCCAUGUUGUCCACGUCUGUUUAACAGCAAAGGUUACUUGCAAAGAAAAAUAAAGAGAAAUGUAAAAUGUUA